AUGGCCUUCUUCCAGUGUCCUCGUGACGCUACUUUGUCAACUACAAGGACCAGAUCUCCAAUACGGAGCUGUGGGGCCUCACCGAUCCACUUUUGUCUAGCUUGCAACGAUGGUAAGUAGGCACUGAUCCACCUUUUCCAGAAUAUAUCAGCAAGAGUUUGGGCUUGGCGCCACCGUCGGUUAAGUCUAGAGGGGCUGCAUUCCUCAACAAAUGAUGAAAGAUUCCGAGUACUCAACAAAAAGUGUUGGGGAGUGAGUACAGCGUACUCGUUCGAGUCCGUACCGUUCUUAACCAGCGGCCGGUCAUUCAUUAUCUUCUCGGUCUCGGUUAUGGUUGUUACGAAGACCUCAUCUGUGACCACUUGUGAACCCAAAAUUGAACGUAAAAUCCGUCUGACGGACCGUAUCAGGCGCUCCCAUACACCUCCCCGAUGACUCGCUGUCGGCCGCGUGAAGAUCCAAUCGCAUCCCUUCUCCGCAAGAGAGCUAGCUAUUCGAUCCUGGUUCCAUUUCUUCAGCAAUUCCUUCAGUUCGUUCUCAGCCCCUUUGAAAGUGGGUCCGUUAUCACUGUAAAUUUUUCGUGGACAGCCUAUCCGGGCAACGAAUCUGCCGAAAGCACACAGAAACGAAUCAGUCCCCACGUUUGUGAUCACCUCGAUGGGAACUGCGCGAAUGCUGAGGCAUGUGAACAGACAGCAAUACCUCUUUUCCGACCGUCGGGCUAUUUUUACCUGAAAUGGUCCGAAUUAAUCGACCCCCGUGAACGUAAAGGGUGGAUUAUACGGCUCCAGUCGAUCAAGCGGCAAAGGAGCCAUCAACUGUCAACAGGGUUGCGAGUGCCAGCGCCGACACACAAAACAAGACCCGACUACUCUUUUAAUGGGUGCUUGGCCUCGAAUUAUCCAGUAUUUUUCUCGAAGGAUGGCACAGGUGUGUGAUAUCCCUACAUGACCAUUUAGAUGAUGAACAUGUUGCAUGAUUAACCGACAUACGAAAUGAUUUUUCGGGAGGAUAACCGGGUGUUUCGUUUCGUACGGAAUCGGUGCGUAUUGAAGUCGCCCUCCCACUCUAAUCAGACCGUUGGAGACGAAUGGUAAAAGGUGCUUCAGUGGACUGUUCAUCGCUUUCAAUUUCUUGAAAUCAGUGUUUCGCAGAUUGCUGUGUACGCACUUAAGCUCGUUUUCGAAGAAUUGUCUCUGAACCAACCUCAAGAUAUCGCAUUCGGCACCUCCUAAGUCUGCCACGGUAAGUUGCUUGGAGACGACUUCUGGUUGAUGUGAGACCUUAUUUUUCAGGAAGACUUGAAAUCGUCGUAGCCAAGCAACAAGUCUUAGCAACUUUCUCCAGCUACCGCAGCCCGAAUGCUCCGUUAGCCAGUGAUCUUCAAAAAGAACAGCAUUUACGGUGACAUCGCAUAUUUUUGGAACAAUAAUGGGUCGCUGAUCUGGUUCCUUGGGCCAUUCGUCUGAUUUCUUGCUUAGAAAGACGGGACCCGUGAGCCACAUACUCUUUUCCAGCCUGUCACCAGCUACGCCUCUCGAAGCUACGUCAGCUGGGUUAGUCUCGGAAUUUACAUACCGCCAUUGAGAAGGAUCUGAUAGGCCUAAUAUGGUAGAGAUACGGUUAGCCACAAACGUUUCAAGACGUGAAGUGGUGUCCCUUAUCAGUGGUAAGACGACCAUCGAGUCCGUCCACAUAGUCUUUGAAGAAAUUGGUAAUGUUAGUUCCAGCUUUGCCUGUUUCACUAGUUUAACGACCAGAACCGCAGCAGUGAGGUUUAACCGUGAUAUGGUUUGGACCUUGAGAGGCGCGACUCGAGAUUUGCCCCACACAAACGUCGUAAAUGUAGUGCCAUCUUUGGUCACUGCGUGAAGGUAGACUACGGCCCCGUACCCGCUGUUUGACGCGUCCGAGAAACCGGGUAGUUGAUACUGCUCGACAAUAUCCAAACCGACCGGGGUCAGACAGCGUUGGAUUCGAACGUCGCUAAGACCCUGAAACUGUUUCGUCCAGUGAAACAACUGUAGCGCGUGCUCAUCGUCGAUCCUAUCGUCCCAUCCGAGAUUGGAGCGGCACAACUGCUGAAGCAGCAACUUGGCCGGCAACAAAACAGGAGCAACGAACCCAAGUGGAUCAUAGAGGGUUGAGAUAUACGAAAGCAUCGUUCUUCUGGUAAUCUUCUCUGUAGGCCACUUGACUGUGAAUCUGAAUGAGUCCGUAGACUUGUUCCAUUCGACACCUAGUGUUCUGUGGGUAUCGGCUGGCUUAAGAUCGAGGCAGAUUCCCCUGUCGACUAGCUCUUCUUCAGGGAUGUCCGCGAGGGCCUCAACCGAGUUGCUCCGCCACUUAUGUAAACGGAAACCGUGAGUUUGCAGAGUCGUUCGCAAGUGUGAGGCUACAUCCCUAAGGGCUUGUGCGGAGUCACGGCUGAUCAAGCAAUCGUCGACAUAGAAACACUUUCGCAAGUAAUUGACAUUGUGCGCUGAGGGGAUGUCUACCACCCGAUCUAUCGACGGAUUUAGUGCGUAGAUAGCAACACAUGGAGAAGAGGUUGCCCCGAACGGGUGCACCGCCAUUUGAUAAACCUCAAGUUCUCGUGCUAAGUCACCAUUCGGCCACCAUAGAAAACGUAAAAACGAACGCUGGGCUUUCGGAAAUCGGAUCUGGUGGAACAUAGCUUCUAUGUCUGCAACCGCUACGUACUGAAACUCGCGGAAUCUAGUCAAAACUCCACACAAACUGUUAGCCAGGUCUGGACCCUGCAGUAAUUGGAGGUUGAGUGAUGUGUCCCUGUAUUUGCUGGCGCAGUCGAAAACUACCCGCAGCUUCUCCGGUUUCAUCGGAUUAACUACGGAGUGAUGGGGUAGGUACCAAAGUUGUCCAGGAACGACGGUGGGUACUGGUACAACGGGUUCUGCGUUGAUAUAUUCAGAGAUGGCCUUAACAUAUCGCUCCUUAUACUCCGGGUUUUUCAGAAGUCUGUUUUUCAAGGCAUAUAAGCGUCUGCGAGCAACAAGCUCGUUGUCAGGCAAACAGGGAGAACCUAAAUUCCAGGGUAGAGGGACUUCCAAGUGCCCUCGCUUCAGUUGCGUAUGGGAUUUGAACAAGACUAAAACUCUUUUGUCUUCCACCGAAUAUGCCUUAUCCAAACGUUUGGGCUCACCAAAAUCAAAUUUUCACAUAUGUUCUAGCGUUUCCAUGACGGAAUCUUUCUUGCUCAAAAAUUCAACGUUCACUCCUCGACGAUCUUGCUCAGCUACUGGUCCCAUGAGUACCCAACCAAGAGGGGUACGAACUGCAUAGGGAUCUUCAUGCCCGCCGUAUCGAUGUUCGAGUACCCAGUGAGCAGCAGGUACAUUCAUUCCGAUUAAUAUUGAUACCUUCACUCCUUCGACAAGGGGGCGCUCAAUGUCACGUAGAUGUUCCCAACGUGCUGCCUAGUUUCUAGCUAAGGCAAAGCGCCUCAACUUAGGAAGAUGGCUUACAGACCAGGCCUUUUUUACUUCCAGUGGCUCCUGCCCUUCUAUCGCAGACAGCUGAAAACCCACUAUUUCGGAACUCACUUCUGCUGUCUGAACGACAGUGGAUACUGACAACACUGCUGGUUGGCCAACGAGGCCUAACCGUUUCAACAAGUAUUCAUCGAUGAGAGUAGUAUCUGAGCCACUAUCAAGAAGGCAUAUGUGAUAGCCGAACCGAGAGGAUCAAACACUUUUACUGGUAACACUCCUGGAGAAACGACUUGGUCUGCGCCGUAAUUUUUGUGAGACAGUGGGCUGCUUCAACACUCUACUCUGGGUUCUCUUUCGUUUGGGACGCACCAGCCCCGUCUACUGGCCGGUGCAGCAGUGGAUGGUGGCGCAUGGAGCACCGCGCGACACCACAUGUCUUGCGCGACCUACAGUUGAUGGCAUCGUGGUUGGGUUUCAGACAAGAAUGGCAUAAUCGAUUGCGUUCAACGAAAGCUGGUCUUUGUGGCAGGUUGAGGGCGACAAACAUGCCACACUGAUCGGUGUAAUGAGCUUCCUCGCACUGCAGACACUGUCGGCGCAGCGUCGGGACUCUAGGUACUGUGGAUACUGCUACAGUUUGUGUGUGAUGCGUAUAGGCCUUAUGCAUCGGUCCUCGAUCGCCCGGGGAACGACUGUGCGCUGGGACUGGACCGGAGGAGUAGGAUUGGUGUACCAUCAAUACAUCAGCUCUCUAGUCCACAAAUUCGGUUAGACCUGAGAACGUUGGCUCCCUUCCAAGGCGUAAUAUUGAUGAAGCGGAUUCUGACCAUCUGAAUUGAAGUGGUUGAGGUAGUCGCCUGACGAUUGCAGCUGGCGUCCUAGAUGAAUUUAAAUACGCUAAAUAUUCUAACUGCUGUAACGUGUUCUUGCAGUUCCUCAUCUCCCCAGCCAGCUUCAUCAGGGUGGCAGGAUCCAUAGAUUUUAUGAUUGGACCGUCAAUCAAAUUAUCUAUGUGGGCCCUGGCAAUGGAGUGGUGCUGGCCGAACCGUCGCCUAAGGAUCUUGAGAGCUUCAUGAUACCCUUUACUAGGCUCCAAGAUGGCACAGCUCUCAACGGCUUCUCUUGCCUCACCCUGGUAAUAGUGGAUUAGGUAAGAGAGCCGACUUUCGUCGUCGCUAACCCUUUUUGCAAUUUCACUCUCAAAACUUCUUAAGAGCAGCCAAUAUUUGAGGGGGUUUCCGUCAAAGUACAGUAUUUCCCGCUGUGGAAGGGAAAACUGAGGGGGCAUAGGGCGCUGGUAACAAUCAUGACAGUCUGCCUUUGUAGUUUCUGGGUGUCUUAAAAGGUCAAGCUAAGUAAUGCGUGAUUGCUUAGACUAUGUAUCAAGAAGAGGCAGCGGCGGCGAAAAUCCAACCGCUGAAGACUCGCCGGUAACAACGGGCUUUGAUUCCAGCGGAGUUGUAUCCAAUACUGCUUUUGGACUGCCCAAUUUAAUUUUUUCCUUCAACUGCUCCUCCGAAAUCCGUAUCUUUUCCUUAUAUGAUUCGAGGAUAGUGUUAUUGUCUCCAAUCGUGGGAGAAUAUCUGUCCAAAUCGGGAGCUGACAGAGAUUUGUGUGACUCAUCCAUUUCUGAAGCCUCGAAUUUGGUUAACUUUGUGGAGUACUUUCGGCUGCUAAUUGUUGCCUGUUCGCGUUACUCACACAGAGUCUGUUGAACCUAGCUGCUCUCUAGCCUGUCUAGAUUCAGUCGCCUCAGUCGGCUUACUUCGUGCAGUCCGUACGCGCAAACGAUGUAAAUAAGUGCAGAAUUGUACGGCAACACGGUUCUAUAAUUGGCAUGAUUAGCUAAAUUUAAAUGUUAAACUUACAACCAAAUGUCUCCAGACGAACAGUCAGAAAGAUGUGGCGUAUAGUCAGACGGGCAGCGUCAAGUUACGCGGGAUGAAAACGGGAGAUUCAAACAAAUAGUACGAGGGUUGUGGAAAAACAGAAGGCCAUAAUUUUCCGAGGCAAACAAAAAGAAAUGUAAUGUAUGUGUUAAAGGGUGCCAAUAAAAAUGGGAAAACAUACGUGGGAACGUACUGUGGAUAGAUCAAAACGCAGACGCAAUUUAAUUAACCGCAAUAUACCCCACUCGGUUAACCCUACACCAUCAAUUCAAAAAUUUAUACAUUCGUGUGGCCUUAACAUCCGAGUGGCUAACACCAAAAGACUUCACUCUAGAAGAAAAAAUAAACCCGUCUUAGUAACGUUCUACUCACAGACCGAAGGUGAGCUUGUCCUACAAAACCCCGAAUUAAACAGAAAUCUGCGGAACCUGAAUUCAUUUAUAGGUCCAGAUUUGACACCGAUUCAAAGACGUAAACUUCGGGAAAAGACACCAGAUACGAACACAAUAAUCAGCCUUCUAGUGUCUUAACUGAACCUACAGCUACUCCUUCUAUUUCUGACACUAACAAAAAGAAAUUCACAGGCCAGCGUUAGCAAAAUGAUAAACCCAUAGUCCCCGUAGAUGGACCUCCAGAAAGUUCUUCUGACUCUUGUUGUCAUGACAAAAAACGCGUAACUGAAAAAGCAGUUAGGACUGCUGAGCAGAAACAAACAAGGGAGGCACAACAAAACAACAACGUUCAACUAGAACAGAACGAUGACGCAGAUCUCGGACCCAGUCAUGUGACACUAUUAGAAAGCCAUAUAAGUUUUACUACGCCCCUCAAAACCGAUCAACUAGUAGUAGAAAACGACUGCCGAACGAGACACACAAACCAAAAGGCCUUGUUAAGCACGCCAGCACAACCAAAACGCCCUAAUUAUAUAGACAUAACAAAUAGGAGUUCUCCACAAUCUAACCUGAAACAAAUAAGCUUCUAUAACUGCAUCCUCCAAGGACCGCACACUUAUCUCCAUUUAGCCCAUCACUCAAUCAAAGUACCCGCAGAAAUCCUUUUUUCACCACAGAGCACCUCUUCCAUAUCCGACAUCCCGAAGAUAGUUCUUGUAAAUUUGAGAUCGAUUGUCAACAAAAUACACCAACUUAGAACUUCUGUUGAAAUAUAUAACCCCGAUAUAAUUUGCGGAGCCAGACUUUAUAUUCUGUGCAAAGAUCGCAUCUCACACAACACGUCUUAUCCCCAACCAGACUACGUGAAGGGCAACUAGCUAACUGCCUUGACCUUUUAUUGACAAAGGCACCGGAAAGCGUUGAUGUUGUAAACUGUCUACCCCCUCUCGGAAAAAGCGACCAUGUAGUCCUACAGUGGGAGUAUUCUCUCUUCUCUGUACCCGAUCAAAGCAUCGUGAUUAGACGCAACAUAUGGCGUGGUGACUUCAACCAAAUGCGUCUCGACAUGCGUCGUAGAGACUGGAAAGCAGCAUUUACGGGGUGUGUCCUCAAGGACUGGCUAGAACUUAAGGCCAUACUGAAUGAACUUAUCACCAGAUACUGCCCUAUGUCGAAAAAGAAAAUCACUAGCAGGCCCCGAUGGCUUAAGGGUUCACUAAAAGUUGAAGUAAACCGUAAGCAAAAGCUGUGGAAAGCAUAUCUUAGGGACAAGACAACUGAAUCAAGAAAUAGGUAUAAGGCUCAGCGGAAUAGGGUAAAGUGCCUUGUUUACAAAGCCCGCCAAGACUUCGAGGGUAACCUUUUAAACUGUGCAGGAGAAAACCCAAAGCUUUUCUUCAACUACAUAAGACAAAGUACUCGCAACAGGGAUCCCAUCCCUAUGCUAAAAACUGAUGAUGGCGUUGAACUUUACAAGGACGACGAAAAGGCUGAACAUCUGUCCAGGUUCUUUUAGUCGGUCUUUACGAGAGAAGUCGCUGUACCCACUGAUCACUGUAAUGUGGACAAUGUCCCGACAAUUGACUCAGUGGUUCUCACAAAACCUAUUGUUCAACAGGAAUUACUGAAGCUAAAAGAAGGGACUUCGCCCGGUCCUGACGAAAUACCCGCAAAGUUGUUGAAGGAAUUAGCCACAGAAUUGGCAGAACCUCUGAGCGUCCUCUUCCAAGCCUCUCUUGAUGCAGGCAGACUGCCUCCUGAGUGGAAGACUGCGUGGAUUUCACCGAUUCAUAAAAAUGGCAGUCGCGCUUCCGCAAACAACUACCGACCAGUAAGCCUCAACUCCAUAUGCUGCAAAGUUAUGGAGCGAAUAAUCAAACGCGAACUGAUGCGGUUUUUAGAGCAAAAUCAUCUUCUGUGCGAUGCACAGCACGGUUUCCGCAGAGGGAGGUCCUGCUUAACCAAUCUACUCUACUGUCUUGAACAGUGGACCCGAGCGAUUGAUGAAGGAAACGUUGUGCAUGUGGCCUACAUAGACUUCAAGAAGGCAUUUGACAGCGUGCCACACCAACGUCUCCUACACAAGCUCAGCCGCAUAGGGGUAAGAGGCAAGCUUUUAAAGUGGAUUGAAAACUUUUUGGUCGGUCGGUCCCAGACUGUUCGUCUUGGUGGCCAGCACUCGGCAGAGGUGACGGUUACGAGCGGAGUACCUCAGGGCUCCGUUCUUGGCCCUAUCCUCUUCCUCAUCUAUAUAGAUGACUGUAUCCAUGGAUUGGACUGCAGGAUUGCCAUGUUUGCUGACGAUAUAAAGCUUUGGAGCGUCAUCCGCAACGAGGACGAUGAAGCAAAUUUACAGGCAAACUUAGACCGACUCGAAAAAUGGUCAGGCCACUGGCUCCUCCCAUUUAAUGUUACCAAAUGCAACAUUCUGAGGAUUGGCAGAACCAGCUCUGCGCACCGGCAGACGUACUAUCUAAAUCACACACCGCUGCCACUGGUAGAGGUUUAG